AUGUUCAAGUUUGCCAAUUUAUUGAAAACAACCGUAGUAAAUGGCUUCGUUCGCUUCAACUCUACCUCAGUAUCGACUUGUGCAACAGUAGAUUGGAGGCCGUCACGAGCAGUAUGGCUAGAAAAUAUGGACUCGGUAGAAGCACACCAUUCGGGCAUCAUGGAAUUGGAUAACACAAUAUUUGGUGCAGCGCCACGGAUUGAUAUCGUUCAUCAAAAUAUCGAAUGGCAAAGGAAGUAUCGUUACGUUAGCUUUGCGCACACGAAAACUAGGAAUGAGGUGCGCGGCGGAGGACGGAAGCCCUGGCCCCAGAAAGGGUUAGGAAGAGCUCGGCAUGGUUCAAUUCGAUCUCCAUUGUGGAGAGGUGGUGGCAUUGCCCACGGUCCGAGAUCACCUACAACACAUUUCUACAUGUUACCGUUUUACAACAGAGUGUUGGGAUUGGUUAGUACGUUGUCGAUUAAAUUAGCUCAAGACGAUUUGCAUGUGGUAAAAGAUCUAGACAUCCCUACGGAAGAUCCCCAGUAUCUGAGAGAUUUAGUUGCAACGCGCCUCUGGGGCCCAUCUGUAUUAUUUGUGGACACAACUGAUGUUCUUCCUAAGAAUAUAUCUAUUAGUACCGAAAGUAUAGAUCACAUCAACAUAAUACCAACGUACGGGUUGAAUGUGUACUCAAUGUUAAAACAUAAUACCGUCGUUCUUACGGAAAGUGCGGUGCGAGACGUUGAGAUGAAACUUUUGGAGCAUUUGCAUCGUACUGACGCUCGAGCGCAAAUGAGUAAAUUUAAGUAUGAUAAAUAAAGUGUAAACA